AUGGCUCCCUGGGCAGGGGCUGCGCUCUCCACGCUGAGCCCGCUGCGCGCCCUGUGGCUCGCGCUGGCCGCCGCCUUCCUGCUGACCCUGCUGCUGCAGCUCGUGCCGCCCGGCCUGCUCCCCAGCUGCGCGCUCUUCCAGGACCUGAUCCGCUAUGGGAAAACCAAGUGUGGGCCGCCGCGCCCGGCCAUCUGCCGGGUCUUUGAUGUUCCCAAGAGGUGUUUUUCUCACUUCUACAUCUUGUCGGUGCUAUGGAAUGGCUUCCUGCUUUGGUGCCUUACUCAAUCUCUGUUUCUGGGAGCGCCUUUUCCAAACUGGCUUCAUGGUUUGCUCAGAAUUCUUGGGGCAGUGCAGUUCAGAGGGGGUGAGCUGGCGCUGUCUGCGUUCUUAGUAUUAGUAUUUCUGUGGCUGCACAGCUUGCAAAGACUCUUCGAGUGCUUCUACGUCAGUGUCUUCUCCAACGCGGUGAUUCAUGUCGUGCAGUACUGUUUUGGACUUGCCUACUAUGUCCUCGUGGGCCUCACUGUGCUGAGCCAAGUGCCCAUGGACGGCAGGAAUGUCUACGUGAUAGGGAAAAAUCUCUUUAUGCAGGCACGAUGGUUCCAUAUCCUCGGGAUGAUGAUGUUCAUCUGGUCUUCUGUCCAUCAGUAUAAGUGUCACGUCAUUCUCGGCAAUCUCAGGAAAAAUAAAGCAGGAGUAGUCAUUCACUGUAACCACCGCAUCCCUUUUGGAGACUGGUUUGAAUAUGUUUCUUCCCCUAACUACUUAGCAGAGCUGAUGAUCUACAUCUCCAUGGCUGUGACUUUUGGAUUCCAGAACUUAACUUGGUGGUUAGUGGUGAUGUAUGUCUUCUUCAACCAGGCACUGUCUGCUUUCCUCAGCCACAAAUUCUACAAAAGCAAAUUUGUCUCCUAUCCAAAGCAUAGGAAAGCUUUCCUGCCAUUUCUGUUUUAAGAUGACCUCAGUCGUGAAGAAUGCAAACCAGGUCACCGGUUCAGUUCCCAAGGACAAUGAAGUCUAGUGACCAAAGUACAGUUUCUUCAGAUCUGUUUGAAAGUCUUCCAUUUUCAUAUCUCAAAGUCUUCAGUGAAUGAAGAAAGCAAUACCCUUCAAGAAAAUGAAUCUUCAAAGUGUUGUCGAAGAAGAAAUACUUUUGACAGA